UCUCUUCAAAUCCCCGGAACUUCUUCUUCUUCAUUACUCUCUUCUUUUUUCUUUCUCUACAGAUCUUCAUCAUCAAUAACACACGGAGAUGUCAAAAUCGGACAUGUUUGAAGCUUCUGGAUCGACUUGUUCUCUCAGUUUCAUCGAUGAUCUCAAUCCGUCGAAAGAUAUGUGGAACCUAAAGGCUCGAAUUAUCAGAAAAUGGAUGCAAAUGUUUCGGAUGGAACUGAUCUUGCUGGAUGAGAAGGGUUGUAAGAUUCAGGCUGGUAUCAAGGGCCCUUUGAUAUCUUUUUUUGACUCCCAACUUCAGGAAGAUUCGGUUGUUGUUUUGUCCAGGUUUGGUGUUGGUGAAAACCUGGACCCAUACAAAGUUGUGAAUCAUGCUUAUAAGAUUAACUUUUAUCGUUGUACAACUGUUAGACCUGUUGUUGGUUGGGAAGGUGUUGAAUACGGUUUUAAGCUGAUCUCACAUUCACUUAUUGACAAAGGAGAAUGCCAAGACCUUUUGACUGUUGUGAUAUGGACAUAUAUGGAAAAGCUCCUAAAGAAAGGAAAAGGAUCAACUUUGAACUCCAAGAUGUGGAAUGUUUAG